AUGGGGUACAUUGGCCUUAGCUGCCCUCUUUCCCAGCUAUGCCACAAUUGUCUCCCCAGACUCUACCUCUGGCUGGAGUCCAGCUGCACUGUGUGCCCGCCUGGCUAUUACUGCAGCUCAGCCGGUCUAGCGGCUCCCUCAGGAUCUUGCUCAGCUGGCUACUACUGCCUAUCUGGAGCCUUCUCCUCAUCCCCGGCAGACGUAUGGCACAACGGAGGCCCUUGCCCUGUGAGCCACUUCUGUCCAGAAGGGACCAGCUAUCCCCUUCCCUGCCCUGCAGGAACUUAUAACAACCUCACCAGACAAGCUGCAUGUUCGCCUUGUGCAGCUGGCUACUACUGUCCUGAAAACACCACCAGCUACCAUACCUACCCCUGCCCACCUGGCUUCUACUGCCCCAAAGCAACAAGGUUUGCCACAGAGUUUCCGUGCCCCCGGGGUUAUUAUAACCCUGACCCCAUGACCCAGAGCCUGGACAGCUGCCUGCCCUGCCCUCCAGGGCACUACUGUGGAAAGGAGAAUUUAACAGCCGUGUCAGGAAAGUGUGAUGCAGGCUGGUUCUGUGUAUCGGCUGCAUGGACCGCACAGCCCUUCGACCUGGAUAAUUACACCAAUGCCAACUGCCUGUGUCCAGCCACAGCCACCGGAGGGAAGUGCUUGGCCGGGUUCUACUGCCCUGAGGGCAGCCUUGAGCCCAUUCCCUGCCCUCCGGGGUUUUACUGCCAGGCGUCAGGGCUGUCUGAACCCAGUGGGAAAUGUGCGGCUGGGUUUUAUUGCACAGGAGGAGCAGCCAGCUCUAAACCAAUGGAUGGUGCUACUGGGAAUAUCUGCCCCCUGGGCGCCUACUGCACUGCAGGGUCAACAAUGCCCAGGCUCUGCCCACCUGGUACCUUUUCCAACCUGCUAGGGCAGAGCAUGGUUUCUCAGUGCCAGCUUUGUCCUUCUGGAUUUUAUUGUGAAGGUUCUGGCCUCAGUGCCCCCACUGGAGAGUGCUGGGAAGGUUAUUACUGUGACAGCAGCCAAGGGCCAGUCAGUGAUUUCACCCUUUACCCAUGCCCGCAGGGCUUUUACUGCCCACCUGGGAUACACCAGGGCACUCAAUACAGCUGUCCCCCAGGUACCUUUGGUCCCAGGCAGAAGCUGAAGAAUAUCCAGGAAUGUCAGAGAUGCCCACCUGGAAAAUACUGUGAGCUUCCUGGUCUCUCAGCCCCAACAGGGGACUGCUCUGAAGGAUUCUGGUGCAAGGGAGAUGCCCUAGUAAAAGACCCAGUGGAUGGAGUAACAGGGCUCCCAUGUCCUCCUGGGCAUUAUUGUCUUGCAGGAACACUCACUCCAUCUCUGUGCCCACAUGGCACCUGGUCCAGCAACGAAGGGAAUAAGAAUCUGCUGGGAUGCCAGCCUUGUCCUGGAGGACAUUACUGCAAUAGCACUGGACUGGUAGCACCAUCAGGACACUGCAGCCCAGGGUUUUAUUGCAUUGCGGGGGCCAGAACACCAACACCCACUGAUGGCCUCUCAGGAGCUCCAUGCCCUGUGGGACACUCCUGUCCCCUGGGAAGCAAGAGUCCCAUCCCCUGCUCCCUUGGCACUUACAUGCCACAGACACAUGGAGAAGAGUGCUACACCUGCCCAGAGGGUAAAUACUGUGUCCCUCCUCAGAAGCCACAAUUUUGCCCUAAAGGCUUCUUCUGUCCCGAAGGAACAGGUCUUGACUGGCAGCCUUGCCCACCAGGGACCUACAGCCCUGAGCGAGGGCUGGAGAACAGCACUGGAUGCAGAACUUGUGAUGGAGGGAAGUUCUGUCUAUACCAUAAUGCAACAGACGUGACUGGAGAGUGCUGGGAAGGCUACUACUGUGCACAGGGAUCAGACAGGCCCAACCCAGAGGCCAGGCUCCAAGGUCAGGCUGGCCCUUGUCCUCCAGGCCACUACUGUCCAAAGGGCACUGCUGUCCCCAAGCGUUGUCCUGUGGGAACCUUCAGCACCAGAAUCAAGUUGAGCUCAGAGACCCAGUGCUCCCCCUGUCUACCUGGACAUUACUGCAACUCCACUGGCCUCCAGGCCCCUACAGGGCAAUGCAGAGAAGGGUUCUACUGCACACUGGGGUCCACCAUUGCCAGUGUUCCCAUCCUGGACAAGACCGGAGGCCCCUGUCCCACAGGAUAUUUUUGCCCCAGGGGCACAUCCAUUCCACUGGCUUGUCCAGCAGGGUCAUAUAACCCUCUACAAAGGCAAGCCAGCUGCCUUCUCUGUGCUAGAGGGUUCUUUUGUCCUAAGAAUUCCUCUUCUCUUGCUGGGAGUGAAUGUCCAGCUGGUCAUUACUGUCCUCCUGGUACAGCUUCAGCGACUCAAUACCCAUGCCCCAGGGGGACCUACAAUCCACAGAUUGGCAGCAGUCAUGUUUCUCACUGUAUCCCUUGUGAUCCAGGUCAUUACUGUGCAUUAGCAGGACAGUCACGUGUCACAGGACUUUGUUCAGCUGGAUAUUACUGCAGUGCAGGGAUUGCCACCCCAACACCUACCAGCGGCCUGGUGGGGAAUAUAUGCCCAGCAGGAAAUUACUGCCCUAAGGGAUCAGCUCUUCCGCAGCCAUGCCCUCUUGGUUAUUAUAGCAAUUCUACCAAGAAUACUGAGAUGGGAGACUGCCUCCUCUGUGAUGCAGGUUGGUUUGGGUUGGAGUGUGUUGGUGGUGCAAUGCAUGCUGUCUCUCUAGACAUGUUAGGUAUGUUCUAUGUUAAAGCUAUUCUGAAUGGAAAUAUCUCCUGUAAUGUGUAUGAUAUUUCUGCAAUGGAACUGGACUCAUAUUUCCUGCGGGUGUCUGUGAAGCUGGGUUCUAUUGCACCAGAGGAGCUGUUUCUCCUAGACCUUCCGUGGUAA